AUGAGUUUUGUGAACCGCUUCUUGUGCUGGAGUCCGUUUGUGCCGCUGAGUCGGUUGUCGUUCGGCGUGUACCUCAUACACUCACCCUUCUACAUCCUCAUGUACCACAUUUCCAGGGAGCGAAUUUUCUUUUCUCACUUCACGCUGGUGUCUCAGUGCUUCGCUGUCGUGGUGUGGAGCUACAUCCUCAGCUAUAUUCUUUUCAUCGCCUGCGAAGGGCCAACGGGGCAUCUCGAGAAGCUGGUAUUCAUGCCCGUGCGAAGAAGCGAAGAUUCGCGAUCAGACAUCACUAAGAAUGGUGUGCAUCACAACGACGUCAACGGCAACAUGAAAAGCAUACCUGCCCUCAGUGGAGAGCAGAGCAAGUCCAAGAAGUACCUCAAUGAAGAUUCGCUAGAAACAGGAAUUGGCAUAAGUGAAAACGAGAGCACCGAAUGCUGCCGUUUAUAGUGACAUUGACAGGAUUGAGUUUGUUCCUUUUUUCGCUGUCUAUGUAAGGCAAAGCGUUUUGCUGGGUCAUUCAUGCGAAGCCACGCUACCUCAGCCGACCGGUGUGCCCAAACCACCAUUGAAGAAAAAUGGAAAGUUGUGAAAAAGCAAUAAGCGUGCCUCCAUGCCA